AUGUCAGAUCCAUGUGACGUUUGUGGUGGAGUGAUUAAAUCCUCUAGAAUCAGAGCCAAGGGAAAGUUGUUCCACGAGGAGUGUUUCGUUUGUUCAAAUUGUAACACUGCUUUAGAAUCAUUUUUCUACAAGGAUGGUAAACUAUAUUGUGAUCCAUGUGAAGUCGCUCUCUAUGCCAAGAAAUGCGAUCACUGCACAUUACCCAUUCAAAGCACAAUAGUAAAUGCUCGUAGUAAAAUAUUUCAUCCAGAAUGUUUUAUAUGUUCAACUUGUAAUACAAUUAUAAAAGGAGGAUUCUUCUAUAUACAUGGUAGUUUUGUUUGUGAUUCCUGUGAUUCUCAACCAAAGUCAGCAUCGUCUACACCAUCACCAACACCAACAGCAGUGCAACCAAGACCACAAACAACACCCAUUCCAAACAUUUCAAUCAGUGCAUCUGCUUCGCCGGUCACACCGCCACUCUCUCGAACCAACACACCACCAUCACCAGUGAUACCACUGAUCAACGGCAAUAGCCAUCCACUUGUACAUAAUAAUAAUAAUAAUAAUCGUCAAUCACUCGAUCUUCAGAAUGGAACUGGAAGAAACUCUAUCGAAGUUCCAGGCACUAACAUCGUGCUUUCUCAACUACCACCAAACACCACCAUCUACGUUGUCAACAACUCCAAUCCCAACUUGACUCACCAAAUAUCACAACUUUCACUCAAUGGUAGUGAGGGUAUAUUAAUCAAUCCAACAACAACAACAACAUCAUCACCAACCACCAGUGCUAAUAAUUCACCUGCUUUACAUCGUCGUCAGAUUUCCACGGAUAGCUCAGUGUCCAGACCAGUACAACAAUCAUCGCCAACCAUACAACCAAUUCCAAUGUCACCACCGGAAGUACAGAUUGAAAAAUUCGUACCUUUGAUCAAUGGAAAGACUCUACCUGAACUACUUAGAACACAGUCAUUCGAAGAUAUCUUGACCAACGUAAUGAGAAACAAGAUCAGAGUACACAAUGAAAUAAAGAGUACCGACAUUACACUGGGUGAAGUUAUUGCAUCCGGUGCAUCUGGUAAAGUUCACAAAGGUCUAUACAAAGGUAAAGAUGUAGCGAUCAAAGUUUACAGCGCUGACAACAUUUGUUUCAGUAGAGAGGAAUUCGAUAGAGAAGUUUCAAUUAUGAGUUUGGUAGAUCACGAGUGUUUUACAGAGUUUUAUGGUGCAAAUACAGAGAAGAGCAAUUAUCUAUUUCAUGUUAGUGAGCUGAUCAAAGGUGGUUGUUUGAGAGAUAUACUGUUGAACAAAGAGAUAUCUUUGACCUACGCUCAACAAGUUUCAAUAGCUUUAGAUGUUGCUAAUGGUAUGGAGUAUUUACAUUCAUUAGGUGUAAUUCAUAGAGAUCUAAAGAGUGGAAAUGUUUUAAUUACAGAUGAUAUGAGAGGUAAAGUCAUUGAUUUCGGUACGAGUAGAUCUUUGGAUCUGUCAAAGCAGAUGACAUUGAAUUUGGGUACCAGUUGUUGGAUGGCACCAGAAGUUUUUAGAAAUGAACCAUAUACAGAGUCGUGUGAUGUCUACUCGUUCGGUAUCGUACUUUGGGAGAUCUUUUGUCGCAGAGAUCCAUACGAUGGUGUCAACAGUUGGUCGAUUCCAGUGAUGGUUUGCAAAGGUGAACGUCCAGUGGUGCCCGCUGACUGUCCCUCUGAGUAUGCCAAGCUUAUAAAGGCAUGUUGGGUCGACAAGGCCAAGAAGAGACCUAAAUUCAAAGAGAUCAGAUCAACACUUAACAAGAUCUACGGAUCAUUAACUGUAAAGUCAAAGAGAGGUUCUUCAUUAUUUGAAAUGUUAAAUUAUAUUAAUGAUAUCAAUAAAUUACCAAAUGAAAUUUUGGAAAUAAUCUUACAGGAUUUGUUGGGUGAAUCAACUGGUGGAGCGAACAUUUCACUUGAUAGUUUAAAAAGUUUUUGUUCGUUGAGGAAUGUCUGCCAACUUUGGAAAGAACUAUUAGAGUCACUCAUUCUAAAAAUAACGAUUGGAGGAUGUUUUAGAAAUAGAGACUAUGUAAACAAACAAAUCGAAUCGUUAAGCUCGAUUCUAUAUAACCAAAAGCAAUCGAAAUGUCAACUACCUCGAUUACAAUCUAUACAAUUAACAUUCGGUUUAGAUAGUUCAUCGCUACAAUCAUUAGUUAAUCCACUUUCACAUUACUACAACUAUUUCGAUCUAUCAACUAUUAAUCUUUCCAAUAAUUAUCUAUCAUAUCUAUCUAUUAAGUUAUUAAAACCACUCAUUACAUCAUCAUCAUCAGACAAUUCACAUUUCAACUCUACAAAAUCAAAACCAAAAUUAAAAUUAAAUCUAUCGGGUAAUACAAUUGGAUUGGCAGGUGUAAGAUACCUAUCGAAAUACCUAUCGGUGCGAUGUAAUCUUGUGCAUCUAGACUUGUCAAACAAUGAGUUGAACAACGGAGGCGCCAAGUUGUUGUUAAUGUCUAUGAUCUACAAUACUUCGAUACAAUCAUUGAAUAUCAGUGGUUUAAAAAAGAUCAAUAAACUAUUGGUAGAUACCCAACAACAAAGAAGUAUCGACGGAACAAGUACAAAUACAGAUGCAUAUAUGACCCCUGUAGAUAUCACCACCACCACUACAACAACAAACCUAUUCCCGUUGGAGAAUUUGAUUCUGGUUGGCAAUGACACAGGAAGUGGUAGACUUAUCAUUGAACAGAUUCAACAUAAUAUAUAUAAACAUCAAUUGUUAAGACAGCAAUUGGCACCAAUGCCAAUACCUCUAUUCACAAUAAACAAUAGUAACCAUCAUUGUAAAGUUUAA